GGCUUCCCCAGUGAGAAGGAAGUGCCUAGCAGGUUUCCCCCUGGUCAUACUGUUCCUCUGCGCACCACAGCAGGUCACUUUGUUGGUGGAGAGAUGUCUCUUCGGUUCUUAACACCUGACUGGACCAGCCCCAAAAUAAUGAUGAUGAGCUUAUAAUAACUACAAUUUGCUGAGUACUCCAAACACUUUACAUAAGCACGUCUUUCAUACAGAGUUGAAUGAGGCAUUAUGGAAGGAGAGCACAUACCAGAAGAAAUAUGGAGCAGCAGCUCUGAAGCCUGAGCAAUGGACCUCGGCAGCCCCAACCUGGCUUGGCUUCGCUCAGCCUCACUGAACCAGAUCCAACACUGUUGGCUCCCUGGGCUUGCUACAGCUCCCUGAUCCUUAGCAUCCUCUUCAAUUCCAGCUAGAAUGCUGCGUCAGGCACUUCGCAGACUUGGUCGAAAGCUCAUACGCAGACAUCCACUGGAGGAAGUGUUUGAGUAUAAAACUGGCAGAAGCCUGAGCACUCUGGACUUAGUGGCCCUGGGUGUGGGCCGCACAGUGGGUGUUGGUGUGUAUUUCCUGGCUAAUGAGGUGGCCAGUAAUCAAGCAGGACCAUCCAUUGUGAUCUGCUUUCUGGUGGCUGGCCUGACUUCACUGUUGGCUGGACUGUGCUAUGCAGAGUUUAGUGUCCGGGUUCCCCAUUCUGGCUCAGCAUAUCUCUACAACUUUGUCACUAUAGGUGAACUCUGGGCUUUCAUCACUGGCUGGAACCUUGUCCUCUCCUUUUUUGCUGAUGCAUUCAUUGUGGUCCAGGCCUGGUCCAUGGCUUUUGAUCUCCUGUUUACAAACCGGAUCUCUGAGACCCUGCAUGAGAGCAUCUCAGAGCAAGUUCCCCAAUUCUUUGCAGACAAUGUGAACUACUUUUUUGUCCUCUUUCUGUUUUUCUUCAUGGAAGUUCAGUACGUGGGGAGACAUGGGUUCUUCAGAAUUUUCAAAGUGUUCACAUUGGUGAAGCUUUUGGUUCUCAGUUUUGUCAUCAUCUCUGGCUUCAUUAAGGGGGACCUGCACAACUGGAAUCUCACAGAAGAGGACUACGUACAGGCUGGACUCAAUGGCACCUCUCGCUUGGGCCCUCUGGGCUCUGGAGGAUUCAUGCCUUUUGGCUUCCAGGGGCUUCUCCGAGGAUCAGCUUCUUGUUUCUAUACAUUUAUAGGUUUCAGCGUUAUUGUUACCAGAGUCAAAGAAUCGCACAAUCCCCAGCGUUCCAUCCCCAUGGCCAUUGUGGUUUCACUGCUCAUCUGCUUUUUGGUGUAUUUCGGUGUCUCUGCGGCACUUACACUCAUGGUGCCUUACUACCAGCUUCGACCUGGGAGCACCUUGCCUGAGAUAUUUCUCCAUAUUGGCUGGGUCCCUGCCUACUAUGUUGUAGUUAUUGUAAUGUUUUGUAAUGUUUUUGUCUACACCUACAGGAGCUUUACAUUCCCCAUACGUUUGGUGAUAUAUAUGAUGGCACAGGAUCGUCUCCUGUUCCCUGUCCUUAAGGGGAUCCAUGGUAGGUCAUAUGUCUAUAUCGUGUCCACUGUGAUCUUUGGCAUUAUUGCAGCAAUCACGGUAUUCUUCUUUGGACUCACUGAUCUUCUGGACCUGAGGUCAAUUGGGACCCUGAUAUCUUAUUCCCUGGUAGCUUUUUGUGUUCUCAUAGUCAGAUAUCAGCCUAAGAGUAGGAAGGAGGGAAAUGAAGAAGCACUGCAGGAGAAUGGGGGAAAUGAAGCACAGGUGCAGGAGGAGAACGGACCUGCAGCAGAGAAGCUGACUCUACAGGGACUAUUUUUUCCAGGCAGCCCCACCCCCACUCCACUCUCUGGCUGGGUUGUCUAUGUUUGCUCCUCACUGCUUGCUCUGCUGCUGACUCUCCUCUGCCUGGUGCUGGCCCACUGGCCAGGUCUGCUUUCUGGAGACUCAGGUCCUAUCACAGUGGUCAUGCUGCUCCUGGCGCUCAUCACUGGGAUCACUGUGGUCAUCUGGAGACAGCCACAGAGCUCCACUCCCCUUCCCUUUAAGGUCCCUGCUCUGCCUCUCCUCCCACUCCUGAGCAUCUUUGUGAAUGUUUACCUUAUGAUGCAGAUGACAGCUGGACCCUGGCUGAGAUUUGGUGUCUGGAUGCUGAUUGGUUUUGCUAUCUACUUUGGCUAUGGGAUCCAGCAAAUCCUGGUCACUUAACCCCACUUAAGGGCCCAAACUGUAGACCUUGACUUCUGCAGUGCCAGUACAUAUUUGGCCCGACGUCAUCAAACCUGAAUGCAGUCUUGUCACCUGCAGAAUAAUGGGAGUACUCUUGAGCACAUAGAAAUCUAGGACUCUCAUUAUGAGAUAUUGGUGAGGGAACUGUAAUAGAGCUCUGUAUUUUUGGUACAGUGAAGGAUGUGUCUUUGCUCUUUCUCCUUUUUAUUUUAUUUUGUUUUUUACUUUCUACUUUUCAGUUGUGUCUAUAGCUGCUUGCUGGCUUUUACAAAAUUAGUACUAAAAGAAACUUGAAAAAGUGUUUUCCUUUUCUUUGGUUAAAUAUUUGCUAAUGAAGGGAGUGACUAGCUGGCUCAGUCAGUAGAGCACCAUUCUUGAUCUAAGGAUGUUGAGUUUGAGCCCCACAUUGACUGUAAGAUUAGCUAAGAAAAUAUACGGUAGCAGAAUUACUGGAUCAUAUGGUAGUUCUGUUUUAAGUUUUUUGAGGCAUCUCCAUAGUGUUUUCCAUAGUGAGAGCACCAAUUGACAUUCCCACCAACAGUGCACAAGUGUUCCUUUUUCUCCAUA